CUUCUAAUCUCAAUGAAAAUCGAUGGCGUUUUUGAUACCAGUCUCAACAACCCAAAUAAUGAGAAGUUCAAAAUCCUUGCCAGAAAAAUUGAGUCAGCAAUUGAAGAAAUUUACAAAAAUGUGCUUGCCUACAGAAAAGGUUCAGUAAAAGUCUUUCGUUUCAGGCCUGGUAGCAUUAUAGCAGACUAUCAGAUUGAAUCAACAGACAGCAGCCCCAACAGCCCUGAAUUUGCAGAAGCAAACACACAGCUCAUCAGCGUUCUCAAAGAUCAAGGAAUCACUGUAGCUCCGAAUGCUUUUGCUCAGAGUGAACAAAAGAUAUUGUCCACAGCAAAAAAUUGGUAUCCAGAGCAAAAUAUGGUGCUGAAAUGUGAACGCCUAUACUCAGGUACAAUGAGAUGGACAGUGAAUGACCAAGAUCCUGCACAAAACAAAGUUAAAUACGUCAUUUCAGAUGACAGUACCACUCUCACUGUGAACAACGUCAAUGAGAAUGACAAAGGUCGAUAUGCAUGUAUCAUAGACAGGACAAUACCUUACAUUCAAUGGCAAGAUAUAGUUAUUGAAACACUUCCCGAUAUCAUAGUGGGUGAAAAUGUAAGAAAGUUUCAGUGUGCUGACCAGACUGUUUCACUGAAAUGCUGUGAAGAGAAGUACAGUGUGGAGUGGACCCAGAAAACCUCUGAUGAUGUAGUGAUUUCAGGUUGUACAAACUGA